AUGCCGUGCAGGAAUGUCAGCUGGGUUGCUGGUCUGGUCUGUGCUUUUAUCAUGAUGUUAGGACCUAUGGGACGAACUGUGGACAAUAUGAGGAACCUGACAACAGUCACUCCUGAGAUGGAAGAGGUGCUCAGUGAAGCAUGGACACCAACAUCUGCACCCAACAUGGAGAUGGUUUCACAAUUUGCUCUUAAGCAUUAUGUCCGCCAGUCCCAGUCAUUGUCUGCAGGUGAGAAAGAGAUUAUCCAGAAGAGGAAACCAAUCAUUUUGAAGUCACUCAACAGGCUGAAAAUCAUGGCUACACUGGAUUCGGUCCCCCACAUCGCCUUGUUGGGGUCAGGUGGGGGUCAGAGGGCAGCUGUGUCACUAUUGGGUUCCCUCUAUCAGAUGGAAAAAGAAGAUAUACUGGAUACUGUGCUCUACCUGGGAGGAGUUUCUGGCUCUGCCUGGUCCAUGAUCUCCCUGUACAGUGACCCUCAGUGGAGCAUAGACAACAUAGACAGAGCGGUGUCCAGGCUGUCAGGUCCUGGGGUUGGGCUGGAGGAGGCUUUCACCUGGCUGACUAAGAGAUCCAAAGAGGAGCACUUCUCUCUCGCUGAUAUCUGGGGGGUCAUGACUGCUGCUGGGAUCAUGAAACAGUUGAACAAUCAAAGUCUUUCUGAGGAUGGAAUAAAAGCCACCAAUCCAUAUCCCAUCUACAACGCAGUGGACAAGAACUGCCUGCAGAAUGGCCCUGAGAAAGGUAAAUGGUUUGAGAUAACCCCCCAUGAGGCUGGAUUCACAGAUUUGGGUUUCUUCAUUAACACGUCUCACUUGAACAGCAGACGCCAAGAAGCAGGUCUCAAACAUAAAGGGUCAGGAAUGGACAACAUCUGGCUGCAAGGUGUAGUGGGUAGCGCUAUAGCAGAUGAAUCAAGACUGCAAGACAAUUUUCCUGACUGGCUGAAAGUACCACAGCAGGUCAAAAAUUCCUGGGACGUCUUGGACUUUUUCAAGCGUGGCUGCCACACUCUUUUGAAGCUAAUAGAGCUAAUUAGAAAAAAAACAAAGGAUCCAGCUGUUCUAUCUGACCUGGACAACCUGCAGAAAACACUGAAAGAACACCUAAACCUCAACGCUGCAUUGUUUAAAAAGAAGAGUCCAAAAGAAAAAAAGCUGAUCCUUGAACAGUGGGGUCAGAAAAUGUUGGAACCCUUAAAGAAAUGGAGCCAGAGUCUGGAUGAAGGACCCGUUAAAGAGAAUAUCUCUUGGUUGACCGAGAAAGUAUUUCCACUGAUUGGAAAAUGGAAAUGGGGAACAACGAACAACUUCCUCUACCAAUACCCAGAUGCUGUGGUGCCGUCUUGCAUCCGACGUGAGAAGCACCUGCAGCUGAUAGACGCUGGUUUGAUGCUCAACACGCCCUAUCCUCCUUUCCUGGGAGAAAAGCGAGACGCUGACCUCCUCAUCGCUCUGGACUUCGCCUCUGACCUCCCCUUCACGACACUGAUUCUUGCCAGAGACUAUGCAGCCAAGAUGAAGAAACCUUUCCCAGAGAUAGAUGACAAAAUCCUGCAGGAAAAAGAUUGGCCGAAAGACUGCUAUGUAUUUGAGGGAAAAGACAAGCAGCCAACUAUCGUUUACAUGCCGCUCUUCAAUACACGGAACUGCAAAGAUGCAGAGGACUUCAAAGCAAAGAUGGAGGAGUUCGCCACCUUCCAGCUUCCAUACAACCAGGAGAAGAUUGAGUUUUUGUUGGAGACAGCAAAAUCCAAUAUAAAGAACAACAAGGCAACUCUGGCGAAUGAGGUGUACAAGGCUACUGUCCGCCGAUACCACAAGAGGUAG